UAAAUAAAUAAAUAAAAAGGAAAGAGAGGCAAAGGCGAGGUUUUUAGCUAUGAGUUCCCUUGCACCAACAGACUGCAUUGAUGGAGUCCGGCAGAAAAAGCCAUGAGGACGAAAGCCCACAUUGCUGAAACAAAUUACUGCAAAUGGGGAAGGGAGAGAAUGAGCGUAACUUGCCGAGUACAACGCUUGAUGCACGGGGUGCAACCCCAGGCGCUGGGAGCAGUAACGGGUGCUGUUUGAGCUGCAGUAGGUUCCAGAAAUUGCUGAGCUUAAGAUGUGUUCUUGUGCUGGUGCUGGGUUUUGGGGUGCUUUUGUCUGCGGUUUUUUGGCUUCCAUUCUUUCGAUUUGGGCGCCAUGAAGAUCUGGAUCUGGACUAUGGAGGUCAUAAUAUAGUGGCAAGUUUUGUGCUGAGAAAGCCGGCUUCGUUUCUUCAAGACUACAGAAUGCAACUUGAGGCUGAUAUUUUCGACGAGAUGAGCUUUGCUUCUACUAAAGUUGAAAUAAUAUCCUUAGAAUCAUCCGACAAUCUGAAUGUAACAAAGGUUGUGUUUGCAGUCAAGUCAGAUGUGACUACCCGGAGUUUAAUCCGAGCCUCCUUUUUGUCUAUGAUUACACGCCAAUCACCUCUUCAUCUCACCGAAUCCUUGUUUGGGGAUCCUAUGGACUUUGACGUGCUCAAAUUCAGGGGAGGGAUUACAGUAAGCCCCCUCGAGCAGAAGGCUUUCCUAAUGCAAAAUGUUCAGAUCAUUUUUAAUUUCACUUUGAACUUCUCGAUUGAUGAAAUCCUAGUCAAUUUCGAAGAACUCAGGAACCAACUGAACGCGGGCCUACAUUUAGCUCCGUCCGAGGGUUCGACGGUGGCUUCACCCAUAACCAUACAGUCGCAAGUCCUCUUAGCCGUGGGCAUUAAUCCCUCCACAUUGAGGUUAAAACAGCUUGCUCAAACCAUAACUGGGUCCCACUCGAAGAAUCUAGGCCUCAACAACACUGUGUUUGGACACGUCAAGCAAGUCAGCCUCUCGUCUAUGCUGCCAGCUGCUAUUUCACCUUCACCUUCACCUUCACCAUCAACAAGCCAUAAUCGUGGAUAUGUGUUUGGGGGAGAAUCACCCGCAUCUGCGCCUGUUCCUGCACCGCCUCCUCUGCCAGCCUGUCAUCCGCCGAAGCACAAUAGACAUUCACACGUGGCGCCUCCUCAUUCGCCGAGUCCCAGAGAAUCGCGGCCGAAGGGGAAGUAUUCGCCACCACCUAAACGGGCUCCGUUUCAUGGGGCAAGCCCGCCAGGUGGCAGUAAUUCGCCAGCGAGGAGUGUAUAUCGUGCGAUGCCGAUAGUUUCCCUCUACAGAUAUCUUGUCCUCCAACUCAUGGGCUUUGCUGCUGGCCAUAUUAUUAGUCCUGCUUUUGUAGUUCACCAGAAAAUGAGAAGCAUCAUAUUUUCUGAAGGCAGUAAAAAAAACUGCUCGAGGAGAACAAUGAACUUCACAGAACUAUGCUUCUCUGAGUUGUACCCCUCUCCAACGAGCCGCUGGAGGAAUUUUGCUGGUGAGAGUUUAUGCCAAAUGCGCAUUUCUCACGGCACGAGCAUACAAAACCCUACCAAUCUGAAAGCUCACAAACGCAUCAACGCUAGCGUAGCGCACCUGCUCAGGCGACAGACACCGGUUAUCCCACGCGCUCAUCUUUACCGCCUUGGGCUUCUCCAUCUCCGUCCCGAGCACCGUCCUCGCCAGCUCCUGCAGCCCCGCCUUCUUCAGAUUCGUGCUCCCGUACACGUCCGCCGCCAGCCCCCUCAAAUCGACGGGAAUCGCGGUGUAACCCAUCCGGUGGUCGCGCCAGAGCUUCUCCAGAUCGGAUUUGACACCGACGCCGACGAAAUCGUGGCCAUAGCACGAGAGGAACUGGGCGAGGUGGAGGGGGAAGUAGGGGGAGUGGAUGAGCUGGUAGAUGAGGCAGAACCGGCCGGCGGAGAUCUGGAGGGUGGCGGCGGGGUUAUCGGGGCGGCUGGGGCGGUUGGGCCGCCACUCGACGUCGAGGCCGACCAUCCGGUAGCGGCCGUAGAGGGAUGUGACGCCGGAGAUCCACCGGGAGGCCAUGGCGGGGUCGUGGGUGACGGUGGUUUGGAUCACGUCGUUGAAGAAUUUGACGUUGAAGACUUCGGAAGAUAG